AUCUGUCAAUUAUAUCGGUCUUAUGCGGCAACAUCGUUUAACGAAAUUUCCUAAUAAAAUAAAAUUGUUAUCAUUUUGCAUUAAAUGCGUUUGAUUGCUCGAUGAAAAAGUUUAUUAGACAGUCAAACGACAACUCUCAAAAUAUGAUGGUUGAACGCAAAGUCACUGUAAAUCCAAGGGCAUCAGCCGUUGUCAUAACAAAUAGCCCAAAACAUGUUCAAGUAAACCGAAACGGAAUCAAAAAGUUAUCAAAUGAGGUGGUGAACGCAAUCGUAACAAAAGAACUAGAUGUUAGUAAUUUUUCGCAAAAUCAACAUCACCCCAAGCCGAAUGAUAAAAAUGCAAUCGAAUGGAUUUUCGUUAUUGAUACGUUGAACUUUUGCUUUUGGACGCCCAGAGACGCGACAAAAUGGCAAGUCUGUGGCGAAACCGGCUAUUUUGCUAUAUGUGCGGCUAUCAACCGGGCACAAAACAAUGGUAUUGAUAUUACAAACGCACAAUACUACUCAAAAAUUACCAUCGAAGAGCUAUCUGAGAUUUUACGCGGUGAUGACAAUGAAACUAAAGUGCCUUUGCUUGAAGAACGAGUAAAAUGUUUGCACGAAGUGGGUAACGUAUUACUUGAGAAAUACGAUGGCAAAUUCGAAAGUUGUUUAGUUGAAGCCGAUCACUCAGCACGUAGACUUCUCCGUAUCAUUACGGAUGAAUUUCCAUGCUAUCGCGACGAAGCCGAGUGGAAUGGCAUCGGUGUAUCGCUGUACAAGCGUGCUCAAAUUUUAAUUGGAGAUUUGUGGGCAUUUUUUGGUGGUCAAGGUGAUGGCUGGUUUGAAGAUAUCGACUACAUUACAAUGUUUGCUGAUUAUCGUGUACCUCAAGUACUUAUUCAUUUUGGAGCCAUAUCAUAUGAUGAUUAUCUCAUGAAGCUGCUACAAGAAGAUAAAAUCUUGGAAAACGGAUCACCCGAAGAAGUUGAAAUACGCGGAACGUCGAUAUUCAUAGUUGAAGAAUUAAAAAAGCUUGUCAUUCAAGAGCUUGAAACUCAUCAUCCAGCUGUAUCACGCACCAACGUUAACUCCAUCUUACUUGAUCACUUUCUUUGGGACUAUCGUCGCCGAUAUUCGAAGGCAUUGGAACACAUUCCAUUCCACAAAACUUUUGGAAUUUACUAUUAAAAAAACAAAAAACAAAAAACACAUUUGAUCAAUAUGAAUGAAAAUGGAAAUAAAUACGAAACAAAACGAAA